UGGACAGAAAUAUAAAGAUUAAUACAACAUUGUCCUCAAAAAUAAAACAGGUAUUAUGUCUGUCUCUUCAUUGUAGGUGGUUAUGGUUGUUGACUGAAAUUAUACGCAGCCCCUAAAGGGACCUGGGAAACAAACAAACAAAUAAAUAAACCAAUAAACGUUUUUUGGUGCUCAACCUUAAGUUUCAGAUAAGCACGCGAAACUUUCUGGUUCGCACCAGAAAAUAGCCGACUGCAUUCCCAUGAUAAUUCUUCAUUAAUUUUAUUGCAAGGUUAUGUUGUGACCGAAAGAUAUAAAUAAUUCUCACACAAAAAGUUUCGGCGGGAAACAUCGCUUUGGCGUAAACAAAAUGCAAAAAUAGUGGAAGAAGAGGUUCGCUUACUCACAGACAGCGAUUCCGCUACCGUGCCCACCUGAACCGUACAGGGUCUGUCCUCACUGCACAUGCUCUGUCUGUAUGGCCAGCUGGCUGAGCUUCAGCGUCUUCUGUCGUCCUCGUCUGCAGGAGCAGCUCAGAUCAACAGCAGAGAUUCUCAGGGUCACCGACCUCUCCACAUGCUCAUGUCCUCCCAGAGCUCCCCUAGAACAUCAGCCUGUCUUAGGGUUCUGCUGGAGAAUGGAGCUGAAGCUAAUGUAACCUCAGAUGUGGGUCAAACACCACUCCACAUGGCAGCUUCUGAAGGUCUCCUGAACUGUGUAGAGAUCCUAGUCCAGGCCGGCGCUGAUGUUACGCUCCAAGAUACUAUGGGACACACUCCACUGGAUAUGGCCCGCAUCUGGUGUCACAGAAAGGUAGCAAGAUACCUAAAGAGCUGCAUGUGGGAGGAAGCAAAGAAGAAAGAGAUGAAGGAGAUCAGGCGAGCCAACGUGUUAUACACUGAUCUGGUGGCCAUGGUCAAAUUCAGUGAUGUCAGCCCAAAGACACAAGAAGAAAAGAUGUCAGAGACAAGUAAGCAGAAGAGUCACCCAAAGCACACUAAAGUCCCGGUGAGUCAGUACCAUGUCCAGUGUCUAUCAUUAAAUGAGGACAGACCUCACCAGGAAAGAAAGAGUUUGAAGAAGGAACAAAACAAUCUUCAGAAGAUCGAUGUCUCAAAGAUACCGCCUGACUUACAGUUUAAGAACAUUACCACCAGCCUUCAGCGCAGGUCAACCUCAGAGCCAGACCUCAGGGACAGUGUGACCCUGUGGAAGGACAGGCACAGCGGGCGUCCUCAGUACACAACCAAGUGGAACUGUGUCCCUCAAACUGCUCCUGAUCUACCUUUGAAUGUCCUGAAGAAGGUAUUGUUCCCCAAAGCGUUCCCAUCCAGGAUCCUCGGCUCCCAGGAUUUCCAGCCACAGAACAUCUCAGAGGUCCAGCACAAAGGACGCUCUAGGGGGCGCAGCACCUCCACCUGGACUGAGGUAGCCAUGCACCUGGUACACAUGCUGGAGCCUGGACACUACUGAGUGGAUCAGGUGUUGUCAACCAAGAAUCAUCAUCUACUUACCUGUUGGGUUCAAAAGUUCUUGGUCAAUAUUUUAACAGCUUUUAAAAAUGACAGAGAAAAAACUACAAUGAGUGAAGACUUUACCUGCAACAUCAUUCAGAACAGACUAUGACAAGACGGUUCUUGAGGAACAUUUCACUGUAGGAUCAUCUCAUGUUCUCGUAGCUCUGAGAUAUGACUUAAAGUUAAUAAUUACAUUAAUACCUAAUUAUUUCAACAAAACCUUUUAUUGUUAUGAUACAGUUGUGUAUUACCCAGCCUGACCACCACAGAUUCAAAACAUCUUGGGUUUUUUUUCUCCCAUCAACUCCUUUUGAGCAGCUUUUUGUGCCCCUCACCUUCAGGAGUCACUGCACAAGUUCAGUCUUCAAAGUGUUUUUUUUUCCUUUGUUGUUGAUAAAGAAAGUACAAAAAUGUUUGUUAUUUUGCAACGUCUUCCUAAAACAUAUCCAUAGAGACAGAGAGCUGUUGUAAAUUGAUGCAAUGAAUGGAGAAUGUUUGAGAUUUCAACAUUUAGGAGGAAAUGUCACAUGUCAUAUCUAUGGCCUGAUGUGGAUGAUUAAAAAAAAAAA